CUUCAUUCAUUCAUUCAAUCCUCUUUCUCGCCAAAAAAGAAAUACUUGUUAUAGCCAGAAUUUUUGAAAGCAAGUAAAAGACAGGAUAAGACUUCAUGUAUCGAAAUCUUUUCAGCGCCUUGAUGUAAUUUAGAGCCUAUAGAUGUAACGCAUCAAAUAUGUUUGUUCCGUCUAACUCAGACAGCUUCUUGAUAAAAUUGAUAAAUAUGCACGUCUUGCAAGUUAGCAAUACUCCUGUUACCUUAAUUUUGAAAUCUUCUUCUACACUACUGGGCAAUCCUAUAGUAAAUUGGAAUGGCUAUGGCAGCACUGUUAACACAGCGAACUCUAAGAUUACAAAGCAACACAACAUUAAACAGAGGAGAAGAAGAAAUGGUGUUAUAUUGGCAGGCUUUGCGUUUGAGAAAAGAGCACGUUAUCCGAUCGAGAAAGCAGCAAAUCAACUGAUGAAGGAAGCUUCAUCGCUUUUGGUGUAUCAAGAUAUUCUUAAGAAGCCAGUUGCUAAGGCCUUCUUGGAUGUCGUUAAUGGAAUCCGUAGCCGUGAAACUGCUGAAACACUCUUGAGAUUGUAUGGUGUAUUUUUUAAGCUGAUGGCAUUGGGUUGCUUUUCUAGCUGGCAGGACUUUGUAUUAGAUAGCAUUUUAGAAGGAGGAGGGAGUCCUUUUGCAAUAGCUGCUGCUAAUGUUGGAAACCCCCAAAGUGUAUGGUCAAGUGGGAUUCCUGAAUCAUUAAGAUUAGCCGCAGCAUCUGAUCUUGGCUGCUUGCAGGCUCUCACCAUUACAGAAUCAACAUUGGCUAGAUGGGUGGUUGACUUAGUCUCAGAACAAACAGAUAUUAAGCUACCUUGGAAAGUCUCAUCAAUCCCAGAUCUUGAUGUUUGUAGUGAAGAGGAAACAUAUUCUUUAUCUCCUGAGAUUUCUUUUAAGGACUUUGAUGAUGCGCCUGAGAUGAGUACUCUGUCCACUUUAGGAGCUUCUGUGGUGCAGAAAGAAAGGCUUGCUAAAACCUUCAAGAAAAAUGACAUUAUGGAAAUUGAUAGGGAGAUAUGGCGGAAGAAAAUUGGAGACCUAGUGAGAUGGUCUGAAGCAGUACCAUUAUUAGUAGAUUACUAUGCCACUCACAGCUAUGGAAUUCUUGCUUCUGUCACCGCAUUUCGAUGGAAAACAGAGAAAUUGGUCUGUGAUAAAUUUUUUUAUUCACAACACAAAUCGAUUUGCAAUUUUAGUCAUCAAAGAACACAUUUAGAAUCCCUGCAAAAGAACUUCAGAAACCAUGCUUCCCGGUCUCCUGCACAGCAUGUUUUAUUGUAUGGCCCGAGUGGCGUUGGGAAAACACAGCUUUUGAGGGCAGCAUUACAUGAUUUUGUGCAGAAAGGAGAGCUGCGCAUUGUGUCAUUUCCAAGCAAUGAGCUGAAGGCAUUGCAUAAACUGCUAGAAGAUCUAGCUCAACAUUGGCAACUUCGCUUUGUUGUAGUAAUUGAUGAUUUUAUUUUAAAGGGUGGAGAUGGGCAUAUCAAGCUUUUGAAGUCAGCUUUGGAUGGUAGAUGCCAGGACUUUCCUAGCAAUAUCAUAAUAUGUGGGACAAGCACACAUUGCUUGCAAGCAGAAGAUGUGCAUACAUCUUUCUCAAACUUGAGAUCAAGUUUUAGGAUGAUUAUUCAGAUGAAAAGUUUGAGUUUGGAACAAUAUCUGGUAUGUGUGGAGGAGUUGCUAAAUUUGAAAAUGAGGCUUUUUCCAUCAAUAAAAGUAAACAUUGAUGAUCUUUUUAAUAGAGCUAAACAAUGGGUUGAAAGCGAAAAUCUCUACACAGUCCAAGAUGCUUCCCAGUUUGUGAACAAUUUCUUUCACUCUUACUAGAAUCCUAAAGUAAGCCAUGCUUAAAUUGGCUUAAAUUGGUGGUCUGACUCUUUGUGUGUUUCUACACAUUGCACAAGUACUAUUUUGUUAUUUCUCUUGUAUUUUAAGUAUAUUAAGCAUAGAAGUUUGUUACCCCUGAACAGUAUGUCUUGGUGGAACUAGUAUACCAAAAUGUAUCAGCAAGCCAAU